AUGGAUGGGCCUCUUUUCUUAGGAGCCAACGAAACCACCGAUCAUUCUGAGCAGGAACUCCCGAAGGUUGCUGCUUCCACGAAUUCGUUAGCUCUUCCAUGUGCGCACUGCCGGCGUCGCAAAGUCCGCUGUUCUCGGACUUACCCUUGUGUUCGCUGCAAGCAAAGGAAUGAACAGUGUUGGUUCGACAUACCUGCAAAUGAAGCCUCACAAACCCACGAAGGCAGUAGUUCGGAGAUCCAGCCCAAUGAGAGAGCCCCAAAGCGCGCGCGCACAUUUUCGACCACAAUCAUUUCUAGCUCCUCUAGUUCCCAUCGAUAUGUAUUUUCUGAUACUGAAAAAGAAGCCUCCGCCAUGUUAGCUUCCACGGGAACUUCUCCCCUGUUAGACACCCGGCAUUCGCAUUUUGGGAAACUCGUCCAUGAGAGAAAUCAGUCAAGAUAUCUGGUGCCAGGCUUUUGGCCCACUAUGUAUUUCGAGAUUGGGAACCUGAGCUUCCUUUUGGAUCACGAUCAGAUUAGAAAGCACAGUGCAGGAACCGAACCCACGUUGAAUAGUGAAAGUGAAUAUCUUUACCGCUCUAUUAACAUGGCAAAUCACCCGUCCCCAUCAGCCGUGGAUUAUUUGAUCAACACGUAUAUUCAGUUUGUGGAUCCCUUCCUUCGAAUUUUACAUGUACCUCAGAUGCUCCGCGAACUAAAUUUGUUUCGACGAGGCGUUCUCGUCGGGGCGCCCCAGUUUGAGUGUAGGGUUUUUGUUGUCUACUCCCUGGCCACUCUCAGCCUCACCGACGAAGAGUGCCGUAUUCAUCUGGGCGAAGCCAAGAAUGCGCUUCAAACACGGUUCAAAACGUGUGCAACCCAGGGGCUGGAGGGAUUAAGUCUGCACACGACCCAUGAAGAGUCUGCUCUACAAACGUAUCUGAUGUAUAUUACUCUACUAUUCUGGAGCGGCGAAAUGCUCGAAGCAGGCUCUAUGCUAGCGAUUGCUGCGCGAAUGGCACAAAGGAUUGGAGUUCAUCGUGAUGGAGAGCUUUUUGGGCUCUCGCCUUGGAAAGUUGAAUCGCGCCGCCGCUUGUGGUAUCAUAUUUUACUUCUCGAUACUUGGGUCACCGACAAUUGUGGUCUGGAUUCACUUGUCUCCCCCUGGCGUGUCGAUGACAUCCCGCCCCCUCUCAACUGCAAUGACCGUGAUUGGGAUGUCGCCGAGUUCUCCACCGCGAAGCCUUCCCCGCGCCACGGUUACACGGAUAUGUCUCUGGCCCUGCUACAGUACGAGAUAGCGGCAAUCUCUCACACGGUACUGCGCUAUCUCCCGUUAGAGCGGGAAGAUGACCACAAUAUCUAUUAUUCUUUCCUCGAACAGUUUCUUGAGCAUCGGCAAAAAUACCUUCAGGCCAAGUUUUUGGACCAUCUCGAUACUGCUGUGCCGCGUCAAAAGCUGAUGAUCGAUUUGGUAAAUCUCGCUCUGCAGCGGUUUCGCCUUGUCGGUCUGCAAGCAAGUUUCCAGGUUGUCGAAGCUUCAUCGCUCUCUCUUUCAUCCAACGUAACGGAGUGCGAACUCGAGUAA